AUGAUCCUUCCACGUCCAGAUCUUCAAUCUAUUGGCAUCAACUAUCGUCGGAUUCCAGUACUAGCAAUUGGGAAAGAUAUUUAUUGUGAUACAAGCGCUAUUAUCGAUGCACUUAACACGAAGUUUUCCGACAAACUUGUUCUCUCUUCGAAAGAUCUAGCAGGCGCCAUUAAAGGCUUGCAAGUACUGGCAGACGGCAUAUUCCGUGUGGUCCUGGGAGCAUUCCGAAUUAACAGAAUGCCGCCAUCGUUCAUCGAGGACCGCAAGGAUCUCUUUCCAUUGCUUAUCGAUCCGAAUUUCGAGCAACUUCGUCCACAUGCAUUGAGUGAAACUCGAGGAUAUCUUACCACACUCGAAAACAAUCUACACAGCGACUGGAUUCUCGGACAAGAUCUAAGUCUUGGUGAUAUCGAAAUCAUCUGGGUUCUCAGGUGGGCAUUGUUAGAUUUGAAGUUUAGCGAGGAACCAUCAUUAUCAAAAGAACAGUUUCCUAAAGUGUACACUUGGAUAGAUCGGUUUAUGGUACAGGUUGAAAAGAAUAAAUCUCCUUCAAUACAAAUCAAAGGAGAUGAAGCUAAACGAAUUAUUCUUGCAAGUAACUUAGAUCCAGUCAGCGGUGUCGAUUCUAACGAUCCUCUUUUGCUCAAAGAAGGAGAUCAGGUUGUUAUCAAUUCAACCGAUGCAAAGCCAACUCAUCCACAGGAAGGCAAGUUGAUCGGGUUAAAUGGAAAAGAAACGGUCAUCGAAUUGGAUAAUGGAAUUCAUGUACAUUUUCCCAGAAUUGGAUACAGAGUAGAGAAGAUCGUGAAAUAA